AUGGCCGACCCAUACGCCUACAAGCGCGACACCAAGCUGCAAGCGCGGCUGAGCGCCGAGGUGGAACGGCUUGCCAAGCUGCCGGCAAACAGCGUGUGUGCGGACUGCGAUGAGCGCCGGCGCAUCCGCUUUGUCUCCGUCACGCUCGGCGUCUUUCUGUGCAAUCGCUGCUACGGCCUGCACCGCGCGCUCGGCGCUCACGUGACGCGCGGCAAGUGUCUCGGCCUCGACGCGUGGAAGCCGGAGGAGGUGGAGCUGCUGCGCGCGGUGGGUAACGUCAAAGCGGCAGCGCUGUACGAGGCCAGGGUCCCGCCAGACCUGCCGCGGCCAACGGCGGCCUCUCCCGACCGCGAGGUCGCUGCGUGGAUCCGUGACAAGUAUGAGCGCCGGCGGUACUGCGCGGCGGCCGCGGCACCGCAGGCCGAAAAGGCUGCCACAGAGUAUUGUGAGGCCCGCCCCGCCAGACAGGCUGCCCCUGCGACUCCUCCGACCGGAGAGAUGGACCUCCUCUCGUUUGCGGAUUUUGGCGGUGCGGCGGCCACCCACGCGGCGCCACAGGUCAGUGCGCCCGACAUCGACCUCCUCUCAUUUGCAGACUUUGGCAGCGCCAGCUCACAGACGAGCCAACAGACUAGCCACGGAUGGAGUGACCCUGGCUGGCGCGCCUUUCCGUGA